GUGAAGUCGACUCAUCGCUCCGGCCAGUGGACGACGUGACAUGCUACAGGCAUUGGGCACAACUCCAUCGCCAUGGGGAACGCGAGAUUGCGGACCAAGACCGGAUGCCUGAAUUGUAGGAAACGCAAGGUGAAAUGCGGAGAAGAGAGGCCAUCGUGCCGGAACUGCUUUACUAGUCGUCGCCAAUGCCAUUGGCCUUCAUCUGCCGAUCUCCGGGACCGCCGGAAUCUUCCCCGUAAAGGCCAGGGCCAUGUAUCACCAGGCAGUCCUGGCUCGGCAACAUCGUCAGAGGAUCCAGAAUGCCGAGGCGAUGCACCUCCGAAGACGUCGGAACUGACCCUGUCGACGAGCCUGAACACGGCAGCUUCGGCCAUUCGCUCCGAGGUUAAGGUCGAGCUGAUCUACCACUUUCUCAACAAGUUCUUUUCGCUCCUGGUGCUUCCGACCUGGAACAAGACGUAUUUCCUGGAAUAUCAAUUCCAGCUCGUGAGCAUGAUGAUGCACUGCGACAGCGUCAAGUACGCUGUUCUUGCUAGCUGUGCCGCCAACAAAUGCAUCCUGUCUAACGACCGUCGGUAUCAGCAUCACGCUCUAGUCUACUACUCUAGGGCGGUACGAGGAGUCAACCAAGCAGUACUUCAGCUGCAUUCUCGCCCAAGAGUUCCCGAUGAUUCACUACUAGCUACAGUCGUUUUUCUAUAUCUUCACGAUUUUUGGGGCCUUGAUACUGUGGUGGAUCCGCGGCAACAUGUGGCUGGUGCCAUUAAACUCCUCAACUUGCGAUACAAUGACCAAUCUUGUCCGCUUUCCAUGUCGCGACCCUUCGACCGUCUAACAGCAGAAAGCGUCCUCUAUCAAGCAUUCCUACUUGCUUCGAGGCGACCAUUCUCAUCUAAUUUCCAUGUUGACGGAGAGUUUCUUGAUAAUACAGAGAAUAUUCUUGAUUGCAAGAAGCUAAUAGACGCUCUCCCCAUGGAUUCUUUUCCUGUCUUGGGCAUUCCUCUACCAUUAUUUCGCCAUAUUCUCGACAUCAUUAACUUUUACAACUCGACUCAAAGUCAGAGUUCCGAAACUCUUGUCCAGUUGAGGCUGGGUAUGAAUUAUUGGGAAGCCGAGGUUUUCAGCCCAAAUGUCAUGGACUGUUAUCCGCCAUUGCUCCAAAGCUUCCACUCCGAUACUGUUACCCUCUACGUCCAUGCAGCUUCAUUACUUCUCGACUGGAUUACGGAUUCUUAUAGCGCCCAGCCCCGAAUUGACGUCAUUGGCUUGCUGGACAAGUCUUUCCGUUGCAAAUGUACUCAGAGUCCACGCCCUUGGCAGCUCGACAGCGCAUUAUCCAUCUUGCGUCAGCCAACCUUUUUCGAAACCUGGAGUCGUUGUUUUAUAGGAGCUUGGCCCAUGUUGAUAUUCGGAUAUGCUGUCAGCAAUGACGAUGACAUCAGAUUGAUACGGGAUGUCCUUCGUCGAACUCGGCAGCGCGUGGGGUAUGGCGAGAUGCAAAGGAUCUGGGAUGAGCUGGAGCUGAGAUGGGCUUGGCCCGAUAAUCAUUGGAGAGUCGAAUCAAUCGCAACGUCCGAGGAGCGUUUCACAGAUGGUAAUCAAGAUGUAGGGAAAUUAGGCAAUAUGCUUCCUGAGGAGGUAUGAAGUCCCACCGAUAAGGAUCACUGCACUCCAAAGGGUUAGUGUUGGGGCAGCUGGAAGAAACCACGAGAUAUCAUCUUGCUGUAUCCCCCAACUAGAGAUGUGCUUCAUAAUGAAAUGCUCUGAAGCAGGAUUCUCCUCCUGG